CGAGUUGCAUACAUUAUCACAUUUCACUCCUAUGGCAAACAAUUUCCUCAAACAGGGCGACGUUUACGUCCUACUUUUUAUUUCUCUCAUCAUUAUCUUGUGCCCCGAAAACUCAAAAUGUGAACCACGUCUGUUAGGAUUAGCUCCAGCGGAUGGUUCCAGCUCGGUCCAAGGCGGAUUGUUGAAAGUUGUCGCGGGAAAAUCAACAACGGUGAAGCUGUAUGGGUUAGAAUUUGAACCCGGGAUUCUAGUGUCAUUUACCGCUAAAGCUGCUAAAACUGGAGAAAAUUGUGAUAACGACAGACAGACAUUGCCUGUGAACCUUACACUGCAUGAAACUUCGAGUAGCAUCGGAUUUGUAACCGUGAAUUUGCCGUAUUUGAAGGAAAAGUCCUAUUUCGUCUGCUUGAAAGCAACGAACUCCUCUAGAUCGCAAUGGGUGCACCAAGGCUCGAACGGACACAGCUUGGAGAUCGGCACCGCAGAACCAGAUCCCUUACCUUUAUGGCUGAAAAUAGCCUUCAUUAUUAUUCUCAUUUCUUUGUCUGGAUUGUUUUCUGGGCUGAAUCUGGGACUUAUGGCGCUGGAUCCCACCGAGUUGAAAAUAGUUAUAAACAGUGGUUCACCCAGUGAGCAGAAGUAUGCCAAGAAAAUCGAUCCAAUUCGAAGACAUGGCAACUACCUUCUUUGCACUCUACUGUUUGGAAAUGUCCUUGUGAAUACUUCGUUUACAGUGUUGCUGGACUCCCUGAUUGGAAAUGGUAUAGUGGCAGUUCUUGGAUCUACUGCUGGAAUUGUUAUUUUUGGUGAAAUUGUUCCCCAAAGUGUUUGUUCAAGGCACGGUCUUAAAGUAGGUGCAACGACUAUAUGGAUUACUAAAAUUUUCAUGUUUUUAACGUUUCCCUUAUCAUACCCAAUCAGUAGGAUCUUAGAUUGUGUUCUUGGUAAAGAAUUGGGCACUAUCUAUAACAAGAAACAGUUACUGGAAAUGAUUAAAGUAACUGAUGAGUACAAUGACCUUGAAGAAGACGAGAUGAACAUAAUCUCAGGAGCCCUGAACUACAGGAACAAGACUGUUCAGGAGGUCAUGACUAGACUGGAGGACUGCUUUUUGGUGAAUGUUAACUCAGCUCUGGAUUUUAGGACGAUGGCAUGGAUUAUGCAAUCUGGUCAUAGUCGUAUACCAGUAUACGAAGAUGAACGCCACAAUGUGGUUGGUCUGUUGUUUGUAAAAGAUUUAGCUUUUGUUGACCCAGACGAUUGCACCCCAUUGCAAACUGUCAUCAAGUUCUACAAUCAUCCAGUGCAGAGGGUGUUUGACGACACUCAUUUAGAUGUGCUUCUAGAGGAGUUCAAGAAAAAGCACUCCCACCUUGCGAUCGUUGAACGAGUCAAUGAUAAGGGGGAGGGAGACCCAUUCUAUGAAGCCAUAGGCAUUGUCACACUGGAGGAUAUCUUGGAGGAGAUUAUUCAGUCAGAAAUUGUAGAUGAAACUGAUGUAUACUUGGAUAACAAGUCAGGCAAGGUGGUACCGGGAAGAAAACCAGACUUUGCGUUCUUCUCUCAAGAUCGUGAGAGAGUCAAGAUUUCUCCACAGUUGGCUCUUGCCGUGUUCCAGUACCUGUCUACAGCUGUGGAUGUUUUCCACGAGGAUAUCAUCUCAACUGCUGUCCUAAAGCGGCUGAUUGAACAAGACAUCAUCACUGAGAUCCAACUGGGUGACAAAUCAGACAAAAAAGAAGUGUACCUCUACAAGCGUGGCACCCCUGCUGAUUUUUUUGUGUUGAUCCUUCAAGGCAAAGUUGAAGUGAAUGUUGGCCAAGAACAGUUUGUAUUUGAGGAGGGUCCCUUCACCCACUUUGGCGGGAUGGCGCUAGUCAACUCGUCCAACAUACAUGGUAGUACCAAGACCCUUGCGCAGUAUGUGCCUGACUAUACUGUGCGUGCGAUGUCAGAUUUGACAUAUAUCAAGGUGCCAAGGGCGAUGUAUUGGCGUGCGAAGCGUGCUACCAUGAUGGAAAGACAACAGGGCACGGAAUUGGGGAGUGAGAUCUUUAACGACAUUCAGCAGUCCAUCACUGCUGCCAAACAACAGGAGGCAGAUGCCACGUCGUCUAAUGAAGUGGCUCCACCUCUAACAGAUAGUGUCUCAAAGACUGAUGAUGAUAAUAAAGCAGACAUACUUCUUGUUGACGUGCCUGAACACCACAUCGCUGAUGAUGCACCGGACACAGCACUGCUGAAUCAAGAAACUGGGUUAUAAUGCCUUUAUUAGUUCUCUUGUUUGUUUAAGAUGUUGUUGUUGAUUAUGCAGAAGUGAGAAAUACAUUGUUAUCCUGCUCAGAACUGCAAGUCACCUGAGACAUGCCAAGAUAGAUGAUGAAAUUACUUUAUAGAAUUGAGAUUUAUAGAAUAACAAUUAAUACUUUUUAAUAUACUCAAUUGAGUAUUAAGAGUAAUUAAGUACAUGGGUAAUUCCAUUCCUUUAAACAAAUUACUGUACAUCUAGAAUUUCUAUUUUUUUAAAUUCCUUUUGUUUUGCUAUAUUCUGAGAGUUCUAGUGGAAAUGGUAAUACUUCAAAAAUGAUAUUCUGAUCCUUUGGAAAGGAAAAUUAAUUUGAGAUCAUCAGUGAUCCCUGAGUACUCACAAACUCAUGCUGUUAUUAUUAAGUUUAGUUACAGCCACAUCCAGCAAAUUAGGUAUCAGAGGAGUUGUUAAUCAGAAGCAGCGAUUGACAUUCAUUAUCUAAAAAAAUAAAAAAUUGAGUUAGAUGACAUCAUACGUGGUUGUCUGGUGAAGCAAUUGGCAUGAAUUGAUUAGGUUUAAAUUCCAUUUGUUUACAUUUGUCACCCAAAGAGGUCAAUUACCAUAUAGUUGAUCUUUUUAUGGAUGGACCAUUGAAAAAUCUUGUGAGUGUAUUGGGGGAGGGGGGGGGGGGGGGCGCAGGGAGUUGCACACAAAUAACCUGCAAGCUUUUACAAACAAACAAAACUACUAGUGCACUUGUCACCCAAAAACGUGUAUACAGUUAAAAAGGAAAGAAAAACACAAAAAUUAUGUUUGAAAAAAAUAUAUCCUGCACACAAAAAAAGCUGCAACCAUGCAUCAGAUUUUCUAAUGGUCUGUCCAUGGAGAAUGGAAGAAUUAGAUUCUAUAUUGUAAAAUAGAAUGAAUAUGUUGUGUUGAUGCUCUUCAUUGCGUCUCUGUCAUAAGGCUGAUUUAUAUCAAGCGAGAAAAAUUUAACUCUUGCUUGUUGUUGGUCCACCUCUUCAAGAAGAAAUGCGAGCUAGUUGAGCUAGUAACACGGACAGUAAUAAGUAAGUGGGGUUUAUAAUAUUCUUACUCAGAUUCAGGAGCUCCGGUUCCAAAUUUUUACCUAACAUUAAAAUAUCUAGUGUCAGUCAAA